GUUAAAAAAAGGGACAUGGCCCAGCUCCACAACGACAUGGCUGCCUAUUCUUCUCGGUCCAUUCUAUCCUGUACGGGCCAGGGCCCAGCUCACGAAACGAAACCCCCGGUUCUUGCGGUGCGGGCCUUAGGCCUGCGCGCUGGGUCCCGCCCCAUUUGCUACCUCUCCAAGUCCAAAACGAGUGGAACAGCGAAGUCGAGGAGCCUGGCGGCUGCGCGCGGCACCAACUCGCCUGAUGGGGCGGCUGCGCGCGUGCUGCAGUCUCCGCCGCCUCCUCGUGACGCCGCCUCCACAAGCACCACCACCGGGUCACCCUCUGGCGCGGGGCCCCCACGGCUCGCCCUUCUCGAGGCUCUUCUCUUCGGUAUCGGCGGCCGCGGUCGUCGCGCCCCACGACGCCCGCGACUCGGGUUUCGGUGGCUCGGCGUACUGGGCCUGGAUUCGCGCGGCGGCCGAGGCGGCCCCGGCGCCCGCGCCGCCGCAGGAGGACGAGGACGAGGGCCUUGCGCGCUACAUCCCCGUCAAGGCGUACUUCCUCUCUACCAGGCGGAUCACGGGAGUGAUAUCGUACCUCCGUCGACCCGUUCGCUCAACUACAUUGCGCUCCGGUACUCCGAGUUCCCGGCUGAGAUUAUGGACAUUGGAGUCAAGGACAACAGAUUUUGCUAUCGCUAUGUGGUCGUGUUCCAAUAUGGUUCUGCAGUGCUUUUCAAUAUUGCUGAUCAUGAAGCUGAAUACUAUCUUGAUAUAAUUAGGAAACAUGCUUCAGGUUGGCUUCCGGAGAUGAGAAAAGAUGAUUAUGCAGUGGUUGAGAAACCAUCCCUGACAACAUGGAUGAAAGGAGGUCUUGAUUAUAUAGUUCUUAAAAGUUUAGACACUGAUGGGAUUCGCAUAAUUUCUAGUGUUCUUGGUCAAAGUAUCGCCCUUGAUCAUUAUAUUCGGCAGGUUGAUGAUAUGGUUGAGGAAUUCACUGAAAUUAAUCGUGUCAUGGAGAAGACCGGGAACUUCACCAUGAAAAGAAAGAAGCUUUUUCAACUUGUGGGCAAGGCUAAUUCUAAUCUUGCAGAUGUUAUCAUCAGACUUGGUCUUUUUGAUAGAUCAGAGAUUGCUUGGAAAAAUGCAAAUUAUGCACAAAUUCUGGAGUAUCUUCGGGAGGAAUAUGAACUGAAUCAGCGCUUUGGAAGCCUUGACUUCAAACUGAAAUUUGUGGAGCACAACAUUCAUUUUCUUCAAGAAGUCCUCCAAAAUAGACGGUCAGAUUUGCUGGAGUGGGGUGUCAUAAUACUACUGACUAUCGAGAUUGCCAUCUCAUUAUACGAAAUUGUCAAGGACUCCAACAUGAUCUCCUGAGGGCUCUCUAUCCAAUAGAUCUAUGACACACUUAUCCACCCUUAAAUCACAACUUAUCAUCCUGUUAUGCUAACUCCAGGCACUCCCUCUCACUGUCUCCAUCCCCUGUUGAUUUUUCACCUUAGAUGAAGGCAAGUUGGGUAUGUUCCCACUUCGCUUACCUUCCCGAGUACUUUCGCGUUAUGAGGAUUGCGUCUUUGAGUUUCUUUAUCCUUUGGUUCCAGCUCACUGCUAACAAAAAGUUCCUCCAAUUUUCCAAUACCCAAUGAAUUUCAAGGCUGUCAGGGUUUCAAAUUUAAGCAGAGUAUUCGUUUUCCUUACCGUAUUCAUUUCAGAUACGUGUUCUUAAUAUAUGCUCUUGGCGACAACAGGUGCCAGGUUUUAAUAUUUUCAUAGGACUGUGUUAGAUCCAAUUUUUGGUAAGGCUGAAACCAGCAGGCGCUGGCUAUCGGACCUAAUGUAAACGACCGGAAAAACUUUCAUUACUUAAUGGCAUUAGUGUAGUAUACCUUUA